UUGCCGUGCUGUUUUUCCUGAUGCUCAUAACACUGGCUAUCGGUAGUGCCUCUGGACUUGCUGGAUGUAUUAUUACAAUCCUUAGUGAUGAUAUCCCUCAGAUUCCUCGAUGGAUUAUCACAGCAGUCGUUUGCGCGGCCAGUUUCCUCUUCCACCAGGAAGAGCCCAUUUUCAGAUGUGGAAUCGUCAUUUCGCCUACCACUGACUGGUUGAGAUACGAGGCCAGUAUAGCUGAAAGGUACUUGGGAGAUGCAGUUGAUCAGCAAUAUUAUGUUCUGUCAAAGACCGACAAACACAUUCAAAUGAUAAAAAAUGAUACGAUAUUGUUGAUGGAUUCAUUCCCAUACAACCCGGUUCAACAUUUUCAAUCAGUGAAGUUCAAUUCCCAGUUGACAAAUGCGGGCAUCCGGUUUGACUACAAAACAUAUCCUCAGGCUGGUAUUAAGAAGAUGAUCGAGUACCAUUCUUAUCUUUCCUUGGAACAUUUCAUUACACAAUGUCUGAAAAAUGGUAAUUAACAUGCUGUUUCUUGA